UGACAGUAUAAAUUAUUCUCGUCGUGUAAAAAUGUUAUCAUGGAUCAGAGCAAAUCGUUCCGAAUUUCUUAAUUUUUAAAGCGAAAUUGUCACACUACCGAAUCAAACAAGUGAAAUUUUACAGACAUAGCGCACCGGAAGUGCAAUUGAUGCUUCGAUGAUGGCUCGCCAACUUAAUCCAAACCAGCAGAAAAUUUCUGAGAAACUAAUAAUUCUCAGUGACAGAGGCGUUGGCAUUUUGACGCGGAUCUACAACAUAAAGAAAGCAUGUGGAGACACCAAAUCAAAGCCCGGUUUCUUGUCGGAAAAAUCGCUCGAAUCUUCAAUCAAGUUCAUCGUGAAAAGAUUUCCCAAUAUCGACAUCAAAGGACUGACUGCCAUUACCAACAUCAAAACGGAGAUAAUCAAAUCUCUUUCGCUUUACUACUAUACAUUUGUCGAUUUGCUGGAUUUCAAAGACAAUGUUUGUGAGAUUUUGACCACGAUGGAUGCGCUGCAAAUACAUUUGGAUGUGACACUGAACUUUGAGCUCACCAAGAACUAUUUGGAUUUGGUGACAACCUACGUUUCGCUAAUGAUACUACUGUCCCGAGUGGAAGACCGAAAGGCUGUGUUGGGUCUGUUCAAUGCUGCUUAUGAAAUGCAACACCAGCAAAGCGAUCAAAGUUUCCCCCGCUUGGGACAGAUGAUAAUCGAUUACGAUGUUCCCGUCAAGAAGCUUGCCGAUGAAUUUAUCCCUCAUCAACGUCUGCUUUCAAGCGCGAUUACAUCCCUCACCAAAAUUUACCCGAUGAGAAAUUUGAGCGCGGAAAAGUGGCGUGAACUGCAGCUGCUUAGUCUUGUUGGCACUCCAGCCACGCUAUUGAAGGCGGCCAAAACCGAUACGAUGUCAUGCGAAUAUAUUUCGCUUGAAACACUGGAUCGUUGGGUUAUUUUCGGCCUAAUGCUGAACCACCAAGCGCUAGGACAUCAAGAUUUAAUUACUAACAUGUGGAUAUCGGCUCUGGACUCGAGUUGGGUUGUAGCGCUAUUUCGGGAUGAGGUUAUCUACAUCCAUCAGUACAUCCAGAACACGUUCGAGGGAAUGAAGGGAUACAGUAAGCGUAUCUCUGAGGUGAAGGAAUGCUAUAACCAAGCGAUCCAAAAGGCUGGUUUGCUUCAUCGAGAGAGAAGAAAAUUUCUACGUACAGCCCUGAAGGAACUAGCGCUUAUUAUGACCGAUCAGCCAGGAUUGUUGGGUCCUAAAGCACUACUUAUCUUCAUCGGAUUAUGCUACGCAAGAGAUGAGAUUUUAUGGCUGCUCCGUCACAACGACAAUCCGCCGGUCGUAAAAAGCAAGGGAAAAUCCACCGAGGAUUUGGUCGAUCGACAACUUCCGGAAUUGCUGUUUCACAUGGAAGAAUUGCGAGCUCUCGUUCGAAAGUACAGUCAAGUGAUGCAGCGCUAUUAUGUACAGUACUUGUCCGGAUAUGAUGCGAUUGAUUUGAACUUUAAGAUGCAACAAUUACAGGUUUGCCCGGAAGAUGAAAGCAUCAUUCUUUCCUCGCUGUACAAUACCGCGGCUUCGCUCUCCGUAAAGCAAGUAGAGGAUAAUGAGCCGUUCGAUUUUCGUGCGUUCCGGCUCGAUUGGUUCCGCCUGCAGACUUUCAUGAGCGCCAAAUCCGCUAUACGCAUAGCUGAUUUUCCAGAUUUAGCCCGAUUACUUGAUUCGAUGGUAUUUCACACUAAAAUGGUGGAUAAUUUGGACGAGAUACUAGUUGAGACUUCGGACCUGUCGAUAUUCUGCUUCUACAACAAAAUGUUCGAAGAUCAAUUUCAUAUGUGUUUAGAAUUUCCGGCUCAAAAUCGAUACAUUAUUGCAUUCCCGCUCAUAUGUAGCCAUUUUCAAAAUUGCACCCACGAGAUGUGUCCCGAGGAGCGGCAUCACAUAAGAGAACGUUCGUUGUCGGUGGUGAACAUGUUUUUGGACGAGAUGGCAAAGGAAGCAAAGAAUAUCAUCACAACAAUUUGCGACGAACAGUGUCUGAUGGCUGACGCAUUGCUUCCCAAAUACUGUGCCAAAAUCCUAUCGGCAGCGGCCAGCCGGAAAAAGAAGGACAAAAACAAAAAACACAUGGACGAUAUCAGAAGGCCUGGUGACGAAAGUUAUCGAAAAACAAGGGAAGAACUAACAACGAUGGAUAAACUGCACAUGGCACUAACGGAACUUUGCUUUGCAAUUAACUACUGCCCGACUGUGAAUGUUUGGGAAUACGCAUUCGCACCUCGAGAGUAUCUCUGUCAACAUCUUGAAACACGGUUCUCACGAGCGCUCGUUGGAAUGGUUAUGUACAAUCCUGACACUAUGGAAAUCGCGAAACCCUCCGAGUUGUUGGCCUCGGUCAGGGCCUACAUGAAUGUAUUGCAAACGGUUGAGAAUUAUGUGCACAUUGAUAUUACGAGAGUGUUCAACAAUUGUCUGCUUCAACAAACCCAAGCCCAAGAUACCCAUGGAGAGAAAACCAUCGCAGCGCAUUAUAACACAUGGUACUCAGAUGUAUUACUGCGGAAAGUUAGUGGAGGGAACAUUGUGUUCUCGUUGAAUCAAAAGGCCUUUGUGAGCAUAACACCAGAAGGAUGCAUUCCAUUCAAUCCGGAGGAGUUUUCGGAUUUCAACGAACUUCGCGCACUCGCCGAACUUAUCGGUCCUUAUGGAAUCAAACUGCUGAACGAAUCUCUAAUGUGGCACAUCGCAAACCAAGUGCAAGAGCUGAAACGAAUGGUCGCAUUGAAUAAGGAAGUGUUGAUUAUUUUGCGAAGCAACUUUGACAAACCAGAAAUUAUGAAAGAGCAAUUCAAGAGACUUCAGCAGGUGGACAAUGUCCUGCAGCGGAUGACCAUCAUUGGUGUGAUAUUAAGUUUCCGUCAGCUUGCCCAGGAAGCACUGGUUGAUGUGCUCGAUCAACGGAUUCCUUUCCUUCUGUCGUCGGUGAAAGAUUUUCAGGAACACGUUCCAGGUGGGGAUCCACUGAAAACUGUUUUCGAAAUGGCAUCGGCAGCUGGUCUUAAGUGCAAAGUCGAUCCCGCACUGUCGAAUGCGUUGAAGGCACAAAAGCCUGAACUGGAUGAAGGCGAACAUCUGAUCGUUUGUUUACUGAUGGUGUUUGUUGCCGUGUCCAUUCCGAAACUAGCUAAAAAUGACACCUCUUUCUAUCGAGCCUCGCUCGAGGCUCACACUAACAAUACGCACUGUAUGGCAGUCGCGAUAAACAAUAUUUUUGGUGCAAUGUUUACGAUCUGCGGGCAGAAUGAUAUUGAAGAUAGGAUGAAAGAAUUUUUGGCUCUGGCCAGCUCCUCACUGUUGAGGCUCGGACAGGAAUCCGACAAAGAUGUAAUCAAAAAUCGAGAAUCGAUUUAUCUCCUGCUAGAUCAAAUCGUCCAAGAAUCACCCUUCCUGACAAUGGAUUUGCUCGAAUCAUGCUUCCCAUAUGCGUUAAUCAGAAACGCCUACCACGCAGUAUAUAAGCAGGAACAGAUGCUAAUGCAUUGAUAGAACUCAAGCGUCGCAUAGUGGCACUAAUUUAACCAAAUCCGUUUGAACUACGGCUCUAUUUACCGUAUGCUUGUUCGUGUAGACGAGAAUGAUAAGUGAUCGUCGUCUACCAUUAUAAGUCAGCAUAACCAUCAAACAUCAAAUUUUGAGAAAAAAAAACAAAGGAUACAUAUUUCAUGAUAAUAUAAGCUUAAACAAGUAAAUAAUUUAUAUGAUAAAUAUUCAUUGUAACGAAACGGACGCGAAAGACAGAAGACGCUCCAAUUAUAAACGGCAAUAUUCCAUAAGGUUCUUGGAAUAAAAAAUAUCUAAGAGCUAUUUCGAA